AGAGAGAGAGAGAGAGAGAGCACAUUGAUGGAAUGAUGACAGAGCUUUCCAAAUUCAGUUUCCUGUGGGUGUUUUCCUCGUGCCGUCGUGUAUUUAAGGCCAGUCUGUGUAGGGGGUGACUCAGGCUCUCAGUCUCCACUUCCCUUUCUCAUUCCCACAGCGCGAGAGAAAGAGAGUUCGCAGCCAUCUCCAACCCGAUCUCUUCUUCCCGUUCUUCUCUUCUUGAUCGUCCUCUUCGUCUUCUCCAACUCCGGAAAACAAAGGAGGGAGCGACAGCGACAGCGGCAGACUUCGAGAUGGCCUCAAGCUCGAGCGCAGGACACUCCAACCUCCAGUCCUUCAUCAACUCCACGACGCCCUCUGUGCCGAGUCACACCCUUCCAAAGCGGUCUUUGGAAGACUGGAACAGCCUUUGGCUCCCGGCAGGAAGGGACACCGUUGAGUGUUUCAACCUGAGAGACCUCUGGGGCCAGUACACCGAGUGGAGUGCCUAUGGUGCCGGUGCUGAGGUCCUCCUCCAUGGUGGAGACAUUGUGGACCAGUACUACGUGCCAUAUCUAUCAGCCAUCCAGAUAUAUACGAACAAAUCCCGUGCUUCCUCUAGGAAUGGCGCGAGCAAUUGCUGGAGUAAUGGGAGUGCAUACAGGACGCUGGUUGAUCCCAGGGGUUCUGCUGUUCAGGAGGAUGCAGGCUUGCAUCAUGAAGGUAUCCGACGAGCACAAGAGCAGUUCGGGUACCUUUACUUCGAAUUUAUCGAGAACAACACGCCUUUUGGAAGGCCACCCCUCUUGGAAAAGGUCCGGGAAUUAGCUAGCAUCCAUCCGGGCCUGAUGUCGUUCGAGAGCGCGGAGCUGUCGCCGGCUAGCUGGAUGUCGGUUGCCUGGUAUCCUAUUUAUCACAUCCCUGCCAGGCCAAAGGUGAAGGAUCUGUCGGCAUGCUUCCUGACUUACCACAAGCUCACCUCAUCAUGUCAAGAUCAUAUGCAGGGAAGCACGGCAGAAGGCGUGUCUUGCACUAGAGGCGGGAACCGUAGCAGCAGCUCUGAGGGGAAGAGCAACCACAUUGCUCUUUACCCUUUUGGCCUCGCGACUUACAGAGCACGGGGGAAGCUUUGGACAAAUCCUGAAAGUGGAGAUGAUGAAAGAGUUGUCUCCCUCUACAACGCUGCAGACUCCUGGCUGAGGCAGCUUGAGGUUGUCCACAAUGACUUCAACUUCUUCAGCACUCACUGAACCCCCAUGCGCAUAUUAGGCACCAUUCUGGUUCUCGAAGAACUUCCUGACUGGCCCUGCCCCAUGACAUUGCCUGCUGGAGAUCGGGUUGAUCGGCGAAUGCUGAUAACUCUGAUUCGGUCGUUUUUGUAGAUGUUAGUGGAGAAGAAGGGUUUUGGAGCCCCUCUCAGUUUUAUUUAGCAACAGAGUGAGCGAUGAAGAGCUGAACGGAAAGAUCUUAGGAGUUGCUUGUCUUUUUGACCUUUUCUGUCUCUGGAGGUGGUGGCUCUGAAACAGGUGGGUACUGGGUGCUUCUCACUCCGCUUAUAUUUACCUGGAGAGUUUUGGGAACAAAGAGAACAUUCUAUCUCAUGCCUGGGUCGUGGGCAGUGACAUAUAUAUGAGAUUUAUGAAUGGCUAUAUGGACGUGCUCUGCUCUUGGAAGUUAUCAAUGUAGUUGCUUGCCUCUGCUACAUGGCGGCACCUUACUUCUUCUGGCUUUGUUUGACCUUACUUCAGGGGCUGCUGGGGACUGGGGAGCUUGAGAGAGGAUGAACAGUUUGUGCGGGAUAUUGUUAUCUGAAGAAGUGUAUUGAAACAAACAGCUUAGCCGAAACCAAGAACGACAGAAAGUCAAAAGUAUCGGUAGUUCAAA